AUGGAAGCUGAUAUUCCUGUUGUAACUCAUAAUCAGCUUCGCACGGUUGAGCACAGAUAUGUCGACACCGAUGUCCUCCGUACUCGCUUCGCCCUCGCCUUGUCCAACAUGUACAAGGCAGAGGUACCUCUUUACGGAGAUUUGGUUUCCAUUGUACAAGAUGUAAACCGGUCUGUUCUUGUACAAGAUAAUAUCAACGAUAGUGUCGAGCGCAUUACUCUCGAGCGCCACGGUGCCAUACGCCUAGGCAGUCCAUAUGAGCUCCAUAUUGCUCGUCGGAUCUUCGGUCUAUUAGGCAUGCACCCCGUUGGCUACUACGAUCUCUCCAUUGCCAGUCUUCCAAUGCAUGCUACAUGUUUCCGACCACGGGACGCUCAGUCAUUGGCCAAAAACCCCUUCCGAGUCUUUACAACCCUUCUACGACCUGAACUCUUGGAAUCGCCCGAAGCCCGGGAGCGUGCUCUAAGCCUCCUUCAACAGCGCAAAAUUUUCAGCGAUACGUUGCUUGAUGUUAUGAGUAUCGCAGAGUCGAAACAUGGUCGCUUUACUUAUGACCAAGCAGAAAUAUUUAUCGACAGUGCCCUGGAGACUUUUUGUUGGCAGUCUGUGGCAGCCGCCACGUUCGACGUGUACAAUACAUUGAAGGAAGAGCAUCCCGUCUUAGCAGAUAUUGUGUGCUUUCAGACUGCCCAUAUCAACCACUUGACGCCCCGAACUCUCGAUAUUGGUCUCUCUCAGUUGGCUAUGCAAGCCCGGGGUAUGGAAGUAAAAGACACUAUUGAAGGCCCUCCAAAACGCGAAUGCCCCAUUCUUUUACGGCAGACUAGCUUCUUGGCUAUCCAGGAGGCGGUUAGCUUCGCAUCCUCGAGCAAUCAAUAUAGCACGCUUAUCGACAGCUAUCACAAAGCUCGUUUUGGAGAGAUUGAAGAGCGAGGAGCAGCUUUAACCCCAACUGGGCGGAAGCUAUAUGAUGAGCUAUUUGACGAGGCGAUGGAAAUUUCCCGUACCACAGGACAGAACGUGGAUAAAGUGGUCGCCCAGGUCUUCACUAGAUACCCAGAUACAUGGGCCGAGCUCCGUCAGCAGAGGCUGAUCUACUGUGAAUUUAUCCCAACCGGGAAGUUUCUCCCUGCACACUUAGCAGCCCGUGAUAAGACACACGAGGACCUACUCGAAGAACUUCUGCUGGCGGGAAUUGUGACCGCUGUACCAAUCACAUAUGAAGAUUUUCUUCCAUUUUCUGCAGCUGGUAUCUUCCAGUCCAAUCUAGGGAACCCUUCGUCUUCCGCUAUGGGCCAGAAAAAACCAUAUGCCGACCAGGAAGGAUUCGAAAAGUCUCUUGGUUGCGCAGUUCUGGAUAGUAACACUCUGUAUGCCAGUAUCCAGCGUAAGAGCAUUGAGAAAUGCGCGCAACAGUUGGGAUUAAAUGCUUUUGAUCUACUUACCAAUUUGUCAUGA